ACUCCCUCUCCCUCCUUCUUCAGUAGCAAGCAGCAAAGCAAACACACGAUCUCUCUGUUUUCAUCUCAUAAUAUCUACUUUAAAAAUUAUAUCAAACUCAGCACCAAUCGAACUCAACCAGAGACAUAAACUUGGAGGAAAGAAAAACCCUCUUUCACCUCAAUUCGAGGUUGUACUCAAAUAAUUGGACAUGGCAGCGGCGGCGUCGGAGAAAACUGGAAGUAGUAACAUCAGUGGUGGCGGCGGCUCCACGAUGAUCAUGAUCGAUGAGACCUACGAGUUCUCGGCGCCGAGGUUCUUUGAUUUCAUCAAUGGGGAAACCGAGGAGGACGAGCGCAGGGCUCAGCUAUGGUUCGAUACUGCACUCUCCUACGCACCUUCACCAUUCAUGCCAAAAAUCAAGGUUGGUAGAUCUAUCACGGUAGAUACCUUGUGUGAUUUUAGUGAAGCUGACAAAAUAGACACGACAUCCGAAAAUGUUGAGGAGACUUUUCAGGAAACAAUUAAACAGCCACAUACGGAAAGAAGUGAAGAUGUUUGCAAAGGGAUUUCAUCACCUGGAGAUGGGUCUGCUGAAGUAGGAAAAGAUGCUUGCACUCCCAAACCAACAUUGCAGAAAAGAUUGACAACCACCACCUCCAAGAAGCAAGAGACGGCUAGAAUGAUAGGCACCAGUAAAAAACCACAGUUACAGUCAUCAUCCAUGAAAACCAGCACUACUGGGACUCCCCAUUUGGCCCAAGAGAAUCAAGCUAUUAAAAGGCAAAAAUUGGAAGGAGGAAAGAGUAGACAGAUUCUGAAUGUCAAACAUCAGAAUUUGCCUCAUAAGUCUAAAUUGGGUUUAUUAACCACUAGCAAUGCCAACAUCUCUUCAAGUACUAGCAAGACUAACAAAGAAGACAGAAAGGUUUAUGUUCGUGAAACACCAAAAACAGCACCUGUACCAUUUAUAUCAACAGCAGAAAUACUUAAAAGAUUUCAGUCCAGUACCAGAGACCUGUCAUUGCCCAGUGCUCUUUCUAAUACGAAACCGAAACUAACAUUGACCAGACCAAAAGAACCUGAAUUUGAGACAACUCAAAGGGUUCGCCCAACUAGGGUGAAGAGUAGUGCUGAACUUGAGGAAGAAUUGAUGGCUAAAAUGCCAAAGUUUAAGGCUCGUCCACUGAAUAAGAAGAUUUUGCAGACUUCAAGUUUGCCUCCAAUACCAAGAAGUACACCCCAUCCUCCAGAGUUUAAGGAGUUUCAUUUGGAAACAAUGGCCAGGGCCCAUCAGAAUGUAGAUUCAGCAUCAGUCGCUUCAACAGAGCUAUCUCAGAAGGAUAAUUCAUGGAAGCCUCAUCAUCUUACAGAACCUAAAACACCUGUACUUCAAACAUCACUGAGGGCCCGCCCACCCAAGGUGAAGAGCUCCAUGGAAUUAGAGCAAGAGGAGCUUGAGAAAGCCCCCAAAUUCAAGGCAAGGCCGCUAAAUAAGAAGAUUUUUGAAAGUAAAGGGGACAUUGGCAUAUUCUGCAAUGCAAAGAAGAAUGUUACCGAGCCUCAAGAAUUUAACUUCGCAACAAAUGAGAGGAUCCCACCACCUGCUGCUGUGGCAGAUUUGUUUGACAAGCUGUCUUUGAAGUCAUCUGAAUCUGCACGGAGCCAUAAUCCUCUUCCAAGAAACACAACUCCAAAUCCAUUUCAUCUCCGGACCGAGGAAAGAGGCACUGAAAAAGAAAAGAGAUUGUUGGUAGAACUUCUAACAAAACAGUGGGAGGAGGAAAGAGCGAGGGUUCCCAAGGCUAAUCCAUAUCCUUAUACCACUGACUACCCUGUGAUUCCGCCAAAACCAGAACCCAAGCAAUGCACAAAACCAGAACCAUUCCAACUGGAGAGCCUAGUGAGACAUGAGGAAGAAAUGCAGAAGGAAAUGGAAGAAAGACUAAGAACGGAGAAAGAAGAGGCCGAGAUGAGAACAUUCAAGGCACAGCCAAUCUUAAAUGAGGACCCAAUCCCAGUUCCAGAAAAGGUUCGGAAACCCCUUACACAAGUUCAACAGUUUAAUUUACACGUGGAACAUCGUGCUGUGGAUCGAGCACAAUUUGAUGAAAGGAUUAAGGAGAAAGAAAUGAUGUACAAACGAUACAGAGAAGAAAGUGAAGCAGCAAGAAUGAUAGAGGAAGAGAAGGCUCUGAAACAGUUGAGAAGGACAAUGGUUCCUCAUGCUAGACCUAUUCCUAAAUUUGAUCAUCCAUUUUGUCCCCAAAAGUCUACCAAAGACACAACAAAACCUAAGUCACCAAAUUUGCGGGUACUCCAUAGAAAGGAGAGGAGGAAGGUAUUCAAUGGAACUGUAGUUUCAAGUCCUGCCUCCAACAUGAGAUGAUGAUGACUACAUCAACUUUGUAUAAGUAUUGUAAUUUGUUCAAGAUUUCUUGAAUGA